AUGGGAGGCAACGAGACCGAUAGGCUUGCACUGCUAGCCAUCAAAGCUCAAAUAAAGCAAGAUCCUCAUACUGUAUUGAGCUCCUGGAAUGAAUCCAUUCACUUUUGCUCGUGGCACGGUGUCUCCUGCGGUCGACGCCAUCGCCAGAGGGUCACAAGGCUAGACCUCCAAUCUCAAAAGCUGGCAGGGUCCCUAUCCCCACACAUAGGAAAUCUAAGUUUCCUAAGGGCACUAAAGCUCCAAAACAACAGCUUCAGCAAUAAAAUCCCUCCAGAAAUUGGGAAUUUACGUAGAUUGCAGGUACUAUCUCUACACAACAACUCAUUUAGUGGCCCUAUUCCAUACAACAUAUCAUAUUGCUCCAACCUCAUCUUCAUGAACAUCGGUUUAAACCGGUUGGUGGGUAAAAUUCCAUCUGAAUUUGGCUCUUUGUCGAAGCUUCAACAAUUUGUUUUACAAGGUAAUAAUUUAACAGGAAAGAUCCCUCCUUCCUUGGGAAACCUUUCGUCUCUCGAGGUACUUGCUGCAACACAAAAUAACUUGGUGGGAAGCCUCCCUACUUCUCUGGGCCAAUUGAAAAACUUAACAUAUUUGUCAUUGGGUGCAAACAAGUUAACUGGUACCAUUCCUCCCUCCAUCUAUAACCUCUCCGCUCUUGAUACUUUCUACCUAGCAUAUAAUCAAAUUCAAGGGAGGCUUCCAUCAGACUUGGGAAAAACUCUUCCUAAUCUCCAAGUCUUUAACAUUGGUACAAACCAAUUCUUUGGAUCCAUUCCUCUCUCACUAUCUAAUGCCACAAGUUUACGGCAAUUUUCAAUUCCAUAUAACAACCUAACGGGACAGGUGCCCGAUUUCCGAAAGCUUCAUGACCUAGAGCGAUUCUACAUUCAUCAGAAUCAUCUUGGAAGCGGUACAGAUGGUGACUUGACUUUCCUCACGGACUUGACCAAUUCCACGGAGUUAAAAUACUUGAUUAUGCAUGACAACUAUUUUGGAGGAACGUUGCCCACAUCAAUAUCCAAUCUCUCAACCAAGAUUGAAAUGUUUUGGUUUUACAGAAACCAAAUACAUGGAACCAUCCCAACAGAGAUAGGAAAUUUGGUCAGCUUGGAAUCAUUGGGAAUGCGGGAAAAUAGCUUCACCGGUAGCAUCCCCACUGAAAUUCAGAAGCUUUCAAGCCUUGUGGAAUUAGAGAUUUCUUAUAAUCAAUUAUCAGGAAGCAUUCCGUCCUCUUUAGGAAAUUUAACCAAGUUAUACAGACUCUUCUUACAAGGAAAUAAUCUUGAAGGCGUCAUCCCUUCCAGCUUGGGAGAUUGCCAACGGCUGACAGCAUUGUCUUUAUCUAAUAAUAAACUUAGUGGCGCAAUACCUCAACAAGUUAUCGGCCGCCCGUCCUUAUCACAGCUUUUGAACUUGUCCACGAACCACUUUAUCGGUUCUCUUCCGACGGAGGUUGGGAAGUUGAAGAAUCUAGGUGUACUGGACGUUUCUAAUAACAUGUUAUCCGGAGAACUUCCUAGUAGCCUUGGUUCAUGUGAGAGUUUAGAAGUCUUACACUUGCAAGACAACUUCUUUAAGGGGUCUAUUCCCUCAUCUAUGAUUGGGUUGAAAGGCAUAGAAGAAUUAGACCUUUCUCGCAACAAUUUGUCGGGUGAAAUUCCAAAAUUCUUAGGGGACUUUGUCUUCCUGAAGAAACUAGACCUAUCAUUCAAUGAAUUUUGGGGAGCGGUACCAACUGGAGGAGGUGCUUUUAAAAAUGCAAGUGCGAUUUCAAUUACCGGCAACACCAAGCUCUGCGGGGGAAUUGCUGAUCUCCAACUGCCCAAGUGCAAGUCCCAAAAAGGAGGAUCAUCUCGUAGCUUGAAAUUAAUAAUCCCGUUAGUACUUUCCGGAUUUGCUCUUCUUGUAAUAGUUAUGGUGAUGUCCUAUUUCUUCCUCUGUUCGUCAAGAAGGAAAAGGAAAGAGAUUCCGUUGAGCACAUUGGCGAACCAUUUUUUGCAAGUGUCAUAUGCUACUCUUCUAAGAGCUACUGACGAGUUCUCUUCGGCUAAUUUGAUUGGUGCAGGCAGUUUUGGGUCUGUGUACAAAGGAAUUCUUGAUGAUAAUGAUAAACAUCAACUUGUUGCUGUGAAGGUGUUCAACUUGUUACGCCAUGGAGCAUCGAAGAGUUUCAUGGCCGAAUGUGAGGCUUUAAGAAACAUCAAGCAUCGAAAUCUUGUCGAGAUUUUAACUGCGUGUUCAAGUGUUGACUUCCAUGGUAAUGACUUCAAGGCUCUGGUUUACAAGUACAUGGACAGAGGAAGCUUAGAGGAGUGGCUGCAUCCUCCUACUGAAAUUGAAGAGAUAAGAGAGGCACUCAAUCUAGAGCAAAGGCUAGAGAUUGCCAUUGAUGUUGCUUGUGCAUUGGAUUAUCUUCAUAAUCAUUGUGAAACACCGAUAGUUCAUUGUGAUCUCAAGCCAAGCAAUGUUCUUUUGGACAACGAGAUGACUGGACAUGUUUCUGACUUUGGACUCGCAAGAUUUCUCUCCCAAGAAGCUGGUAUUAAUGUUUCCAACAAUCACACAAGUUCCAUUGGAAUAAAAGGAACGGUUGGUUAUGCUGCUCCAGAGUAUGGUAUGGGAAGCCAGGUGUCAACAAAUGGAGAUGUCUACGGCUUUGGCAUUCUCUUGUUAGAGAUUUUCGCAGGAAAGCGACCCACCGACGACAUGUUUAAUGGGGACCUAAACCUUCAUACUUUCGUUAAAAUGGCUUUACCUGAGCGAGUUACGGACAUUGCAGAUUCAACACUUUUUGAAGGAGGCAACAACGAGAGAAGAGUUGAAAAAAUUGUGGUGUGCUUGAAUUCAAUAUUUAGAAUUGGAAUUGAAUGCUCUGCUGAAUCUCCAACAGAGCGUCUAAAGAACAUCAGUGAUGCUGCAUCUGAACUACAUUCCGUUAGAGACGUUCUUCUUCGAUAGGAACUUUUUCUGCUACGGGUUUGUGUGAUAUGGGGUUCUUCUUAGAGAUGUUUUUAUGCGCUGCCUGAGAAAUACUCUUGUUGCUGCUACAGUAUAUGAGUGUUCUACUACCCUUUUUUUUUUCUUUUUUUUUUGGGGUCGAACUUCUUCUUCUACUACUACUAAGUCGUUUUAUUUGUGUGUUUGGGCCUGAAGCCCUUAGAAAUGUGAUCAAAACAACUACAAUAUUGUCUAAAUCUCUUAUCUUAAAUAAAUCUGAAUGUGCACUUCAUCCCAUUGCCUAUUUUAUAAAAACUAAUUGUUAUUUCUUAGAUCAAUUAGUGUGUAGUUUAUUGCAAAUUGCAACUUAACGCCGGCAACAACAGUCAUUGCCAUUUGGAAAUCUAGUCAAAUUGUCUUUGAAAAAGACAGUAUUAGGAAUUAAAUAUUUAUAAAAUCCGGUGUGGUCUAAUUUGUCCAUAAGUUAGUUCGUUUUUCGAUUUUGGAGUUGGGCUUAAAGUUUUUUUUAGGGGUUAUAAAUUUUUUUUAUAAGUUUUUUUUUUUUUUUUGGUUUUACCAAACUCAACUAAAAUUUUAUUUUUAGGGAUUAAAAAUUCACAAAUGGCACAAUUUCAUACAAAAAAAGGUGAUUGGGCCUAGAAAAGAGAGGUGAUUUGGAGUUGGGCUUAGGAAAAGAUUGUUUACGAGUUUAGAAAUUUAGCAUUUAGAUUAAAUAUUUUAUUAACAAUUUUAAAAAUGCACGGCGGACCCAGUCCAAUAUUCACUACAAAAAUCAAAUAUGUACCUUAUGUCAUAUCCACAUGUUAUCAUCAGAUAUGUAUUCGUAUUUUCAUAAAGUCCAUUUUGAACAAGUCUUAUAUGUUUUCAUUUAAUAACAAUCCACUGAAUUGAA